AUGACAACAAGAGCACGUGAGGAGGAGCGGGGAGGAGUUAGAGCAGGAAAACAUGGCUCAGGUUAUUAUGCACAAGGUCUGAGACUGUCUGGAAGUUCUUCACAUCAUCCUCUGCCAGCCUGUGACAUACAGAGAAUAUGGAGUCUUUUAGUGAACUGAGUUUGUCUGCUGGAGACCUUCAAUUUGAAGAACAACAUGAGACAUUUGUUAACAAGGAUCUUUCACUGUCUGUUAUUGAGCAGAGCUUCGAGUUCUCUGUUGCCAUUGCAGGAGGUCCUGGUGUUGGUAAAACAGUUUUGAUCCAGGCUCUAUUGGGUUUAAAUGACAGCAAUCAGCAUUCAAGAGCUGCUUCUCUACACCCCAACAAACCUCAAAGCCCUUUACUUUACCUCCAUCCAUCUCACCCAGGUCUGACACUUUGGGAGCUACCAUUGGAGGAGGGAUCCCCUGAGAAAUGGAUUUCUGAAGCCGACCUUCUCAUACUGGUCACUGAUGGGCAGUUCUCACCGGCUUACAGUGUCCUUACUCAUUGUGCCCUUUCCUUGGGCAAAAAGCUCUGCUUUGUACGCACUAAGGUUGACUGUGACUUGCACACAUUGAAGAGAAGGAUGAGGGAGGCUUACAGGCGGGAGGAAGUACUACUGACAUUACGUAAUGUCAUCCUUCAGCCACUCAGUGACAUAACUGUAAAGGAGAGUCUGCCACUUUUCCUGGUGUCUGGAUAUGAACCAUCUGUUCUGGACACACAGAGGCUGAAAGCAGAAGUAACAGAAGCAGCCAAAGAAUGUGGGAGAUUCCUAUCGCUUGCACAGCAGGGAUUUGAGGUGAUAGGAGAUGAGGAGAUUGCUGAGUUGCAGUCUGCCCUGGAAAGGGGAGGAAUCCCUGAGAUGGUCAGGUUUAUACAGAGCAGCUUAGACUCACUACUAGACACUCAUAUCAACAUAGCCUUAAUGGGCGGUAACCCAGACAUCCGUCACUCCCUUUUGAAUUCUCUGCGGGGAAUAAAAGAUGGGGACGAUGGAGCAGCUCAUGGGGAAGAUCCAGAAAAUCCAAUUGAGUAUCCCAGUCUGAAAUACCCGAUGGCCAGCUGGUGGGAUCUACCUGGACUUGGAAUUUUAGAGCCACAACCUCAGAAAUACCUGGAGAAUAUUCACAUCAGUCGCUAUGACUUAAUUUUACUAUUAUGGGCACCAGAACAUGAAGGUAAAAACAAUGAGGCAUUGCUAGUUAAGGAGCUCAAAAAACAUAGCAGGAAGGUUUUCAUUAUCCACCAAUGUGAGACUGAAAGAAAAGAAAAGCCCAAAAUACCUGGAGUAGGGGAUGAUGAGGUUUUCACUCUAUCGCCCACUCACCUACCUGGUCCUGAGUUUCACAGGUUUUUAAAGAGCCUAGAGAAGCAACUGUCUAGUCCCAAAACCCGUGCAUUUGUGCUCUCCCUCCCGAAUCUCUCUUCAGAGGUUAUCCAAAAGAAACAAGAAGCUCUUAGCCAAGAAGUCUGGAAGGUAGCCCUGCUCUCCAGCUUGGUGGCAAGUGUGCCAGUUCCAGGAUUAGCCAUAGCAUGUGACAUGUCCUUGCUGACAGCACGUCUGGACACUUACAGACAGGAGCUGGGAUUGGAUGCCAAUUCCAUAUCCUGCUUAUCACAUAAAUCAGGAGUCCCAAUAGCUACUCUAAUGUUGGAGGUGCAUAGCCCUGCAGGAAAGGGGGUGACCCGUGAGUUAGUGGGGAAGAUGUUGUGCUCUGCCACUGGUCUGGGGUUGGAGGUAGCUGGUGUUUUUCUACACCGCAUUCCUUUUGUGGGUCCCCUGGCGGCUGGUGGCAUUGCUUUCCAUGCCAGUUAUGUUGUUUUGAGUCGCUGUUUGCAGGGUAUGUCAGAGGAUGCUCAAAGAGUGCUACAAAGGGCCCAAUCCUCAACCUAGGUUCUAAACAUGCACUUACCAUUACUCCUCUAAUAAGUUGUUCAACAGUCCGUCUUACCCUACAACACUCCUUGUAGCUAUUUAUAUAGAGAGGAACUUAUAGCCAAAAUAAAUAAAUGACAUACUGGCAUAUAAUGAAGCUUGGGCAAUUAAGCAGAAUUACAUUUUGUCAUCCUAAUAGCCUGGCAGUAAAAUUAAUCUAAGUAAUCAUAUGUUGACAUACAAAGCUUGAUAUUAAAAUCUUGCCCUGUAUUGCAGCCAAGAAAUUUUCAUGACAUUAUUUAUGAUUUAAUUACUUAGAAAGUUUCCUAAAACAUAAUAAUAGCGCAUGGUACUCCCAUAUCAGUUAUAGCUUCUGUUUUACACCAGUUAUAUGAGGAAAUGAAUGUUUGUGGCUGUAAGCUUUAAAUACAUAGCAUGUAUUUCAUAAUACAGGUUAAAUGUCAACUGGCAAAUUGCUUCUGCAUGUCAGCUGUGUCAUCCUAUUAAUUUAUCAUUGGUAUCAUUGGUAGCCUAACAUUGCAAAACCAUAUCAGUCCUUAGUGUUCUUAGCUGCAUUUUUCUUGCUUUUGGGUAGUAUUCAAGUAUUUCUCUUUUUUUACAUUAAAUGAUGAAGAGAUUUAGACACUUGGAGGACAAUUCUGGUGCCUGGGCAGUGAACACGUUUUUGAAUGCAAAGGUAUUUUAAUGCAGUGUUGCCUCUGACACUUUCCUCUGCUCUCCAGUCAUGUGCUCCUGUAAAUUACAGUAUAUGCGCAAUUCAUGCAAACUCAUAUUUGGAUGACCGUAAAGAUACCCAGAGCCAGCAGUGUCCUUAUGCUAACACAUAAAAUACUACCUAAAAACUGUCAGUAUCCAUCCACUGGGAUGCUUUAAUAGCUCUGUGUACAUGUUCCUUGAAGGCAGUGAUUGAUAAAUCUAUGCCCCCCUUUCUAGCAAGCAUGAUGUACUGAGUUCCUGUACUUGAUGAUGCUCUUAAAGUAUUAGGCUGACCAGUGUUCGGGUCACUAUUCAGGGGAUAAGGAUUAAUGCUCUAUAAUGUCUUUGUUAAAUACAUAUUUAAACAAAAUGGUUUCUGAGUAAAUUAAUUUUAUUGCUGUGAUUACGUUUAAAUUUUAGAAACCUGAUGUAAUACAUAGAUGCUGUAAACCACUUUUGUCCUGUGCAGGUUGCCGAGAGGUCAGAGACAGCCCAUAUCUGGGAUUCUCCUUCUGUAAAAGAUUAUUAUAAUGCUUAUGUAUUGUGCUUGUUACAAAUAUAAAAUAAAGCUGGAAAAAAUAAUAA